AUGACUCACGUGGAAGCAUUUAAACUUCCUUCUGAUGUUCCCUCUGAUUAUAAGGAAAUUGUUCUUGAUACUUUAUGUAAAAUGGAAGAACAUGUUGAUUGUAGGGGAUCAAGAUAUCAAUGGAAUUUAGAUGAUUUUGAAAUUGGUGCACCUCUGGGUAGAGGUAAAUUUGGACGAGUUUACUUAGCUAGAGAAAAGACUACACAUUAUAUGGUUGCAUUGAAAACUUUAUAUAAAGUGGAGUUAAUGAAAGGACGUGUGGAAAAACAAGUGAUGCGUGAAAUUGAAAUUCAAACACAUUUAAGACAUCCUCAUAUUCUUCAAAUGUUAACAUAUUUUCAUGACCAUAAGCGAAUCUAUCUUGUAUUAGAAUUUGCAGCUAAGGGUGAAUUGUACAAGGAAUUAAAGCGACAGCCUAAUGAAAGAUUUAAUGAACACCUGUCUGCUAAAUAUACUUACCAAGUAGCAGAUGCUUUAGAAUAUUGUCAUAGGAAUAAUGUAAUCCAUAGAGAUAUAAAACCAGAAAAUUUAUUACUUACAUAUGAAGGUAAUGUAAAAUUGGCAGAUUUUGGAUGGUCUGUUCAUGCACCAUCAUCUAAGAGGAAUACAUUAUGUGGAACAUUAGAUUAUUUGCCACCAGAAAUGGUAACAGGUCAAACAUACGAUAUAUAUGUUGAUCAUUGGUGUUUAGGCAUUCUCUGUUAUGAAUUCCUAGUAGGUAAACCUCCUUUCCUUAGUGAUUCACAACAAGAAACAUAUAUGAAAAUAAAAACAUUAAAUAUACAGUGGCCAGAACAAAUUACAUCAGGAGCCAAAGAUUUGAUAUCAAAGUUAAUUAAGCGGAAAAGUUCAGAAAGAAUUUCUAUGGCUGCUGUGAAGAGACAUUUUUGGAUAUUGAAGUAUAAAGAUUAA